AUGAACGCCUUGGUGGCCGACACCAACAUCUCGUUCAUCGACGACACCAACAGGGAGAAGGUUUUUGCGGUGUUCGACAGGUUGUGUUCUGCAAUCGUUGCGUUGGUCAUUCUGUCUUCCGGCUCGACCAUGAGGCUGCAGGAGUACCCGAGGCUGACGCAAUGUGCUCCCCAGAGCAUGUUUCUGUUCCAAGGAGACACCGAGGAGUACUGCUACUUUUCAACGGACGUCAACAAAAACAACUCGUUGAAACGUCGCUUCUUGUUUGUCAAUCCGGAGGUGUCCAAGUACCUGGUCCACUACUGCUGCAUUGUGAAGCGGAUUCUGAACUACUAA